UCAAGAUCAAGAUCAAGUGGCAGUGUGGCGGCGGUGAGGGUGCAGUGGUGUGUGAGUGGCUGUUAUUAGUGCUGUUCCUGGAGUAAAUGCCGUGAUGGGCGAGACAGUGACCGGCAGCCUGGUCCCGGAGUGGACUGACCUCGACCCCAGUGUGCUGAGUGAGCCUGUCAAGAGCAUUGAGGACAAAUGGAAGCUGGUGCCAGCCUUCCUGCGGGUGAAGGGACUGGUGAAGCAGCACAUAGACUCCUUCAACUACUUUGUCAAUGUGGACAUCAAGAACAUUGUCAAGGCAAACAGCAAGGUGACCAGCGAUGUGGAUCCACUUUUCUAUGUCAAGUACAUGGACGUGCGUGUAGGCAAGCCAAGCAUUGAGGAAGGCAUGAACAUCGCCAAUGAGACAGCCCCUCACGAGUGUCGCCUGCGGGACAUCACCUACUCAGCCCCUGUUAUGGUGGACGUGGAAUACAUGCGAGGCGACCAUAGGAUCUUCAGGCGGGACAUCCCCAUCGGUCGAAUGCCCAUCAUGCUGCGGUCGUCCAACUGUGUCUUAUCAGAGUGCAGCAACCAUGCCGAGCUGGCCAAGCGCAAUGAGUGUCCACAUGACCCUGGUGGCUACUUCAUCAUCAAGGGACAGGAGAAGGUUAUCCUCAUUCAAGAGCAGCUGUCUAAAAACCGUAUGAUUGUGGAGGAAGACAAGAAGGGUGGUCUGACGUGCCAGGUGACGUCAUCCACACAUGAGAAGAAAUCCCGCACAAAUGUCACCCUGAAGAGUGGCAAGUAUUACGUGAAGCACAACACUCUCACUGACGACAUACCUGUGGGCAUUGUGCUUAAGGCCAUGGGGGUUGCGAGUGACCAGGAAAUUGUGCAAAUGAUUGGGACAGAGGACCACAUUAUGACCAACUUUGCUGCCUCACUGGAAGAAUGUGCCAGACUCAAUAUCUACACCCAGACUCAGGCUCUCAAGUACAUUGGCAAUAAAGUCCGACAGAAGCGUUUCUUUGAUCGUGGCCCUAAAAAGACACCAGUUGAUGAGGCGAGGGACCUCCUGGCCACCACCAUCCUUGCUCACGUGCCUGUUGAGAAGUUUAAUUUCAAGAUGAAAGCGAUCUACCUGUCCCUGAUGGUGAGGCGAGUGAUUGAGGCGCUUGGGGACACACGCACCAUUGAUGACCGGGACUACUAUGGUAACAAGAGGCUGGAGUUGGCUGGCUCCCUUAUCUCUCUCCUGUUUGAGGACUUGUUCAAGAAGUUUAAUUCUGAUUUGAAGAAGAGGGCUGAUUUGGUUCUGGGUAAAAAGGGUAAAGUGGCUCAGUUUGAUGCUGUGCAGUACAUUCAGUCAAGCCAGGAUGUAAUAACGAAUGGCCUAGAGGUGGCCAUCUCUACUGGGAACUGGACCAUCAAGCGCUUCAAGAUGGAGAGACAGGGAGUGACGCAGGUGCUGGCCCGCCUCUCCUACAUCUCCGCCCUGGGCAUGAUGACCCGUGUCAACUCACAGUUUGAGAAGACACGGAAGGUGAGUGGCCCCAGAUCCCUACAGCCCUCCCAGUGGGGGAUGGUGUGCCCCUCAGACACCCCUGAGGGAGAGUCCUGUGGCCUGGUGAAGAACCUCGCCCUCAUGACACACAUCACAACAGAGGUGAACCCCGAGCCCAUCAUUGAGUUGGCCUUCAACUGUGGUGUGGAGGACAUCAAUCUGCUGUCCGGCGAGGAGCUGUCCAACCACGAUGUAUACCUGGUGUUCCUCAACGGCAACAUCAUCGGUGUGACACGGAGCCACCGUCGCGUGGUGCGAGUCUUCCGGGCCAUGCGCCGCAGCAACAUCAUCAGUGGCUUUGUCUCCAUCUACACCCACUACAAGCACCGCUGCGUCUAUAUCAGCUCUGAUGGUGGCCGCCUGUGUCGGCCGUACAUCAUUGUGGAGAAUGGUCGUCCGGCCGUCACCGAGGGUCACGUCAAGAGGCUGACCAGGGGCCUCAUGACCUUUGACAACUUCCUCCAUGAGGGUCUGGUGGAGUACCUUGAUGUGAAUGAGGAAAAUGACUCCAGCAUUGCCAUGUAUGAACACGAGAUUACUCUGAAGACGACACAUAUGGAGAUUGAACCUUUCACCAUCCUGGGCGUGUGUGCCGGACUCAUCCCCUACCCCCACCACAACCAGAGUCCCCGCAACACUUACCAGUGUGCCAUGGGUAAGCAGGCUAUGGGCACCAUUGGCUACAACCAGAGAAACAGAAUUGACACUUUACUGUACAAUCUAGUCUAUGCUCAUAAACCAUUAGUCAAAACAAGGACCAUUGAACUCAUCAAUUUUGAGAACCUCCCUGCUGGCCACAAUGCCAUGGUGGCUGUGAUGAGUUACUCCGGGUAUGACAUUGAGGAUGCCAUCAUCAUAAACAAGGCCUCACUGGACAGGGGCUAUGGCCGCUGCAUCGUGUACAGGAACGCCAAGUGCACGGUGAAGCGAUACGCCAACCAGACUUCUGACCGUGUGCAGGGCCCGCUGAUGCAGGUGCUAGAGGGCGGCAAGCAGAAGGUGGUGUGGAAGCAUGAAGCCCUUGAUAGCGAUGGCAUGGCAGCCGUGGGGAUGCCCGUGCAGCCUCGCCAGGUCCUUGUCAACAAGCAGAUGCCCACUGUCACCCAGCUGUCAUACACUGAAGACAAGAAUAACGCCAAGCCAGGUGUAUUCCGGGACACGCCGGUGGGACACAAAGGACCCGGCACUGUGUACGUGGAGAAGGUCAUGCUCUCCUCAGACCCAGAUGAGUUCAGCCUCAUCAAAAUUCUCUUGAGGCAGACUCGUCGACCAGAGAUUGGAGAUAAAUUUUCCUCCCGUCAUGGGCAGAAGGGAGUCACAGGUCUUAUUGUGCAGCAGGAGGACUUGCCCUUCUCAGACCAAGGCCUCUACCCUGACAUGAUCAUGAACCCACAUGGCUUUCCCUCAAGAAUGACAGUUGGGAAGCUCAUGGAACUCCUGGGAAGCAAGGCAGCAGCGCUGGCAGGAAAGUUCAAUUAUGGGACUGCCUUUGGUGGCACGCCAGUCAAGGAGAUCAUGGAGGACCUGGUCAGAUAUGGCUUUAAUUAUCAGGGCAAGGACAUCCUGUACAGUGGGACCACAGGUGAAGCACUGACAGGUUACAUAUUCUUUGGGCCAGUGUACUACCAGAAGCUGAAACAUAUGGUGAUGGACAAGAUGCACGCCAGGUCAAGAGGGCCCCGUGCCGUGCUGACCCGCCAGCCCACCGAGGGAAGGGCGAGGGAUGGAGGCCUCAGGCUUGGGGAGAUGGAGCGGGACUGUCUCAUUGGCCAUGGAGCAAGCAUGUUGCUGCUGGAGCGCCUCAUGAUCUCCUCUGAUGCCUUUGAUGUUGAUGUCUGCAACUCAUGUGGAUUGCUUGGCUACUCCGGGUGGUGCCACUUCUGCCGCUCCUCAGCCAAUGUUUCUUCCAUCCGUAUUCCGUACGCUUGCAAACUUCUGUUUCAGGAGCUGCAGUCAAUGAACAUUGUGCCCAGGCUAAGGUUAGAGAACUACUGUACGUAGCGAGAAAUUUUUUUUAUCAGUUACAAUUUUUGUGGCUGUGAAAUUAAUUUAUGCAUUUUAUAUACUGUCUAAAAAAUUUAACCGAGUUAUUAAAUGUUUUCUUAAA